ACAUUUCUGAACAUGGCUCGGGGCAGACGAGCCAGUCGACGUGCGCUUUGGACGGCAGGUCAUGGCCGCUGCCCACGACUUUGACAUCAAAAUGUGCCGGCAGCUGAUCCAGUGGCACCAUCUCUGCUUGGGGUGAAUGGGGCGGCAAGCAAGAAUCAGCAGUGGCGAUGGGGACGGGAAAGGCGAGGUGAAAUCACGGGCCGCCUCUUAUGUGAAAAAGCAGCAAGGGCCGCCGGUGCUCUCGGAGCCGCCUAGGAACGCACCGCUCUGUAACGCUGCCUCACUCUGCCUGUUGCCCGAUAGAUCUGCGACGGGCCCAAUUUCUGUUUUGGUGCUGAGGCUCUUGCGCCACUGCAACUAUGCGUGUGCAUCCCUUUGUUUUCUUGUUACGGUUACGCUCUCCCUUUGUCCUCCCUUACGAACACUGUCUGUAGAACGAAGAUACCAAUUGCCCUCACGAUAUGUGUCGCCUUUCGCUGGUUGCGGAGAUCAAAGGAUAGACCCCUGUCCUCUCGCACGAUGGCCAGCUCCGUUAAGAAUGUACGUCAGCGGCCGCUGACUGUACCAGGGUGACCGCUCCUGUCUGCCUCUUCCUCUACGCCCUGCCUUCUCCCCGCCUGGCAGACGACAGAAGCCCCGCCGUCGGCCA